GAAAAAAAUAUACGCGAUUGUGUGAAAUCAUUCUCGAAUCGUCGUCCAACUCACCGCCACCCAAGACGAAGACAACCCGACGCCGACCACUGCUGUUGUUUGUUGUUUGUAUCCCUCACACCUGCUGUGUUUGGUUCUGUCCUCACACCCUCCAACAUGAGCUUUGCACCUGCGCCCAAGCCGAAGCCGACGUCCACGCUCCAGCCCUACCCGGAUGCGGUGCGGUCUUCCCUCUCUGCGGCCAUGUGCCUGCAGAACUUUGCAUCACAGGUUGUCGAGCGCCACAACAAACCCGAGGUCGAAGUCAGGGGAGACGAGGAGCUGUUGAUGAACCCGGUUGUUGUGAGCCGCAGCGACAAGGAGAGUGUUCUCAUUGAGGGCUCCGUCAACGCCCUCCGCGUCAGCAUCCAGAUCAAGCAGGCGGACAUGAUUGAGGAGAUUCUGUGCAAGAAGUUUAUGGGGUUCAUGAUGAUGCGUGCGGAGAACUUUGUCGUCCUGCGUCGGAAGCCCGUGCCCGGCUACGACGUUUCCUUCCUCAUCACCAACUUCCACACCGAGCAGAUGUACAAGCACAAGCUCGUCGAUUUUGUCAUCCAGUUCAUGACGGACAUUGACAAGGAGAUUAGCGACAUGAAGCUGACAGUCAACGCACGGGCCCGCAUCUGUGCCGAGAGCUUCCUCAGCCAGUUCUGAGUCGUCCCAACAGAAACAAUUGCCCCUUCCUGCCCCCAACGUACACGACCAGCUCCAUCGCUCCUCUUGCGUGACGGUUACUGUCCUCUUCUUUUGAGCCACUGUCCCCCUUUCACAUCUCCCCACUGUUGUUGUUCUGGCCCUGUUGCCAGCUGCUGUAAUGUACCCCACUUCCUUCCUUCUGCCACUUCUUCGUGCUUGUUGUUGUGCUUCGCGGUGUUGUGUUGCAUCUGUCUUCCCUUGUGUGCGUGUCAGUGGCAACAUGUCUGUCCUGCUGUGUACUCGUGCAAGAUACACUGAACCACCAAACCGCGA